AUGUUUUCCUCAAGCAUUUUAAAAUCUACCUUGUUAAACCGUUCAAAUGUAAUACUUCGUUAUUCAUAUGGAGCGGGUAGUCGUAAUUUGAAUACUCAACAAGUUACCGAAAAAGUUAGUAAGACCGCUAAAGGUGUUCAAGGCACCUUGUCUAAAGUUGCAGGUUAUCAAAGACCAAUUGUAUACAAUGCAAGGGUACUUAAAGAAAUUGCUAAAGAAGUUUAUAAAAAAGAAAGCCUUGGUCCACCAAACGGUGCUCAAUUUUCUGAGGCUUGGGAAAAUCUUAAAGCUAUUCGAUGGCAAAGUAUUAAAGAUUUAAGUCCAAGAGAUUUUAUACAAAUUGGUAUACGAAGUAUCGAAGUAGCAGGUUUCUUUGCUUUAGGUGAAAUCUUUGGUAAAUUUAGUAUAGUUGGAUAUAAUGUUUAA